AUGGAGCUGCUGAGGCAGACGAAGAUGAGCAGCACCUUUAUCCGGGGAUGGAUUGUCGAGAAGAGGCUGGAUAAGGUGAAGUCGGGUGGCGAAGCGAGGGAGGAGGUGAAGAGCUUCACCCUCUCCAAUUCUGCGUCCACAUCCACCCACGCAGGUGGAAUCCUCCCUCCUGCACAAUUUUUCCGUCCUAUUAGGCCUAAUCAAAGCCAGAUACCCUCCGCAGGCUUCAUCGGUGGCCGCCCCUCCUCCAUCUCCUCCACCCACGGAAUUUCGCAACAAGACAUGCAGAAUACGACGGGCCCACUUCCUGCUAGAAACUCGAAGUUCAGCCGCGAGCCGUUGCUGCCUAUAGGUGCAGGCAGCCUCAAGCGCGCAGCAUCUUCGGGGACGCAGAACUCAUGGCCCUCAGUAUCGCGCGGGCAACCGGACAACCCCACAAGCAAGAUGAGCAUGAGCAUGAGCACGAGCGGCGCCUCUGCCGCAGGCGCGCGUGUCCGGGACAGCCUGGGGAAGCUGGGUAUCAGCCUCGACUCCGUUCGCAGGUCGCUGUCACUUGCAGGAAGCCCCGUCCUGUCGGUCGAGGCAGGCUCACCUGUUUCGCAGAGCCACGGCGGGACGACACUCGAGGCAAAGCAGUUCGACGACGAGUACGUGCCGCGAUACAAGCCCUCGACCUCUGCUUCCAUUCAGCUUCGACGCACACCAUCCCCUUCCUUCGCCCCGUACCCCCCGAACGACAUGAUCAUACCCUUGGCUGCCGUGCCUCGUAUCGAUCCGAAGACGAAGCGACCGAUGCGGAACUAUCAGUCACAUCCCUCUCGGAACCAUUUUUUCUGCAGAGGAGCAUUGCUCACGGGCGGAGAUUCGCCAUGGGCGUUUAUCGGCUCGUUCACGGUGGCUCUGGGCAUUGUGGGGACAUGGUUUAGCACAACGUGCGUUUGGUGGUGGCAUAAUGAGAGCCCCGCUGUUGCAAUCAUUGGAGCGUAUAUGUGUUUAUUGACCAUCUCAUCAAUGCUGACAACGGCGUUUCGUGACCCGGGCAUUCUUCCGCGGAAUAUAGAUCCUGAGCCGCCUUAUUCAUCUGCGACAGCAUCAGACCAGACCCCGACCGCUCUGCCUCGCGAUAUCAAAGUGCGAGCUGGGAUAGUACGCGUCAAAUAUUGCCCAACAUGCCAGACAUAUCGUCCCCCGCGCUCCAGUCAUUGUAAAAUGUGCGACAACUGCGUCGAUGGCUGUGAUCAUCAUUGUCAAUGGGUCAACAACUGUGUUGGACGUCGGAAUUAUACCUGCUUCUUUACGUUCAUUCUGUCAGCAACGCUCACGCUGUGCCUCAUGAUUGUCACAUCGGCUCUUCAUCUGUAUCUUAUCACGCGAAGGGAAGGCGCCAGCUUCCACCACGCCGUCAACGAGGGGGCUGGGAGCGUCGUCGUGUUUUGCCUGUCAAUGAUCGUGAUAUGGCCGGUUGCUGCCUUACUUUCGUAUCAUUUCAGACUCCUCCUCUUGAAUGUGACCACUAUCGAGCAGAUCCGCAACCAGGCGCACAAGUCGCUCGGGGAAGGCCCUGUGCCGCCCAACCCGUUUUCCCACGGGAACUGGCGCCGGAACCUCACUCACGUCCUGUGCCGCCCUGCUGGAUUUUCGUGGCUGCAGCCGCAUGCCGUCGCCACGGAGGACAAGCGGCAGGUAAACCCUGGAUUGCUGGAAAAUUCAUGGGAGGAGCACGACAUCGAUCUGGAGGCCGGUGUCGGAAUGGCCAGCUGA